CCUCGUUUACAACAUUUGAAGUAGAGGUAAAUUUGAAAACUCUUGUAAUGGUGGAUUUAUGAAAUGAGGGAGAAUGUCUUUCUCAGAGACUUUAAAAACACGGAAUGGUGUAAAGAAAUUUGUUUUGCCUACAGGCUCGGGAAACGAAGAUGCCUUUGCACUGGAGUACUCUGACAAAAAAGUCGAGGCUCAUCAGAUGAAGCAUGCAUGUGCCCCCCUCUAUUUGGAUGAGAACUCGAAGGUUGCUAUAAUAUCCUGUGAUCAAGUCGGAUCUUAUUUGUUGUCAGCUACAUUGGACUUAAAACAAGGGGGAAAAUGCUGCUUAGCUUUUAAAGCUUGGGAUUCUGCCAGUGUGUUGGGAUUUACCCCCAUAGAGAUACAUAUAGAUGGUGGAGAGAGGACUGUCACCCAAGAUGGGAAAUUUAGAUAUUUACUGCCAUUCUUGGAAGAGCCAGCAGGCGAGCCAGGUUUUAUGAUCGAUUCGCUUGGUACUUGUGUUGCUUUACUUAUUGAGACAGACGUUCUCAUCUGGAAAAUAUUGAAAAAGGAAUUGAAUAUCUUGAGCCUGCAGCUGAGUCAUUCAUUGAAGCUCAAACCAAAUCACCAGGGUUUGGAUUUGUGUCUUCUUCGGUUUAAUGCUAGUUAUAGCAUAUCAGUUAUGGAGACUGGAAGUUUUUCAAUAUGGAAUUUAAAUGACUCAGGUGUAUUGAUUGCCAAGACAAUCUCUUUUGCUGCAAAAUCGAAUGGAACUUCAGAAUCUUUGAGAAAGAUCCAUCGUCUUACAACUUCAAAUGCAGUUUUUACGGACGACGAUGGUAAGCUGUGGAUGUUCUCAUGUGAGUCGAAUUGCUUUUCGAGCAUAAAAUUACCUGGAUUGGUCGGUGGAUGCGAUGUAUUUGCUGUCACGACUCUGCCUAAAAGCAGUUCUGCUUUGCUCGCCGUUUGCCACGAAGGACACACUGUAAACAUUUACUCGUUUGACUACACUGCGCUUGGGAGCUCGAAAGAAACCAUUUAUUGCCAAAGGCCAAUUAAGAUUCUGUUCAGCUCAGUGCCUGUCGAUGCAAUGGGUUUUUUGAGAGAAGAUACACUCGCUUUGUCGUCCAGUUCAAAUCGGACAAUUACAAUAUGGACAGGAAUUUCGGAUUGCAUGUAUUCGUGAGACUACUAAAAGCCAUAACAGCCCUCCGCAACAGUUGGUAAGCGUGAAAACGACAACAGUAAAAGUGGCCUUAAUGAAUAACCCUGAGAAGAAAACCGCAGGAUAAUUGUCACCUGGUUGAAAGGAACGUUUUUAGUCCUAAGUCAAACCAUGGUCAAUCAACGUCAAAGCUUCUUUGUCCCAAAGGAAGCGAAACCGUUUCGAGAGGCUUCUUGUUUGAAUAUUCACACAUAGCACUGUAUGCAUAGCGUUAAAUGCUAUUAUAUGUUAAAGA